AUGCCGAUACGCGACGUCAAGACCCUCAAUCCUAUGAAAUCCCACUCCGCCACGAAGCUCUCUGCCGAUGCGAAAGCAUUCUUUCCAGGGAAAACAAGCAGCCGUGAUAAACAAAACCCUAAUCAUUCACCUCUUUUUCCUCCACCCUUGCCCUACCACCAACAACACUAUAUUCCUCCUCCUAUGUUUUAUCACCGUACAUCAUGUCCUACACCGGUCAAUCCGCAACUGCAGUGUGUUCAGUUUCCUCCGUUUUACUAUGUUCCUCCUAGUUCCGUGAUCAUGAUUGACCAAGGCCUUACGGUUAAUCCAUGGGCUCCAUUACCGCCACAAGAUUUACUGGUUUUGAGAAGUAACAUCGUUAGACAAAUAGAGUAUUAUUUCAGUGAUAAAAAUCUAAAGAAGGAUCGUUACCUAAUUUCGAUUAUGGAUGACCAAGGAUGGGUUUCGAUAUCCACCAUCGCUGAAUUUAAUAGACUCAAGAAUAUGUGCACCGACAUACCGUUUAUCCUUGAUUCGUUGUUGUUGGGCUCGACCAGUGUGGAAGUGCAGGGUUACAAGAUACGGCUACGGGACAAGUGGUUGAAGUGGAUUCCGGCUCAUGCAGACUCUACCGUAACAUCAAAACAGCAUAUUCAGCCGGAGCAACUUAGGUCUGCCAAUAAUCGUGAUCAAAUUGUUGACGCUUCAUCUGAUGGAAAAGAUUCAACGGAUCUCUUGCUAUCUAGCACUGGACAUGGCACUGCAGAUGGUGUUCUUGAUGGUGGAUCUCUUGUGUUUACUGCUGAUAAUUGA